GUAUUUGCUCCAUUAGAACACCCUAUAUUACUUCUCAACAAAAGCCCUUUUAUCAGUGAAUUCGAAUCGCCUACAUUUCAACAGUAUAUAUCUUUAAGCAGUGUAGACUCAGUCAUGCUUGCUGCUAGACUUUUUGGGAGAACAUUGUUGGCUGCGGCAAAAUCAGAGAGUUCAGCUGCUGCUGCUACUUCUGCUGCUACAACUAAGGUUACUAAUCCACUUGAGCAGUUCUUUGAAGUUGAUAGAAUGACUCAUGACGAUAAACCUGUUGUUUACGGUCGAAGUUGGAAGGCUUCUGAACUGCGUCUGAAGUCUUGGGAUGAUCUUCAAAAGUUAUGGUAUUCUCUUAGCUCCACUGUCUACACCAUCACGACAAGUCUUCUAGCUGCAGAUUGUAUCCACUGUAAGCAUUUAGGAGAAGAAUUCAACAAGGUAUUCGAAGAUCGAACAGAUGUUCAGGAGUUAUAG